AUGACAUCGUAUUCGGUGCUCGGCUUUCUGCUCGUUGUGGCUGCUGUCUUCCUCCUUCACGCUGGUGCAGCCGAAGCCGGCGGCGGAGUGAAAGGUGGCAGUAAGGGUGACGUCAAAGGUGGCAUCAAAGGUGGCCAGGACGACUACGAUGACGGAUGCGAACCCGACAGCGGUUUCACCGAUGACGGGGACGUUUCUGACGAGUCCUCAGAUGAUGAGAACCCCGGAACUCACGACUAUGACCGGGAAACUCCAGUGACUCCUCCCACCAACGACAAUUGGUCCGGGCCCGACGAUAACCCCGCCACUCAUGGCGAUGGCCAGAAAACUGCGAUGACUCCGCCCACCGGCGACGGAUGGAGUGACGAGUCAUCAGGGCCGGAUGACGACGAGGAUGAAAUAUUCGGAGGCGCCGGAAAUGGCCCCAAUGGCGGCGGGAAGGGCCCCAAUGGCGGCGGGAAGGGCCCCAAUGGCGGCGGGAAGGGCCCCAAAGGCAGCGGGAAGGGCCCCAAGGAUGGCGGCAAAAAACCCAACCAUGGCGACGAUAUCAAACGUUUUCCAGGCGGCGGCGGUGGCUCGAGCCACGGAGGAGGCGGAGGAGUGGCUGGAGCAGGCGAGCCCGUACUGAUGGGGGACGACAACAACAAAAAGGCUGAGCAGAAGGACAAGGACGACGACUGGGAACGCACUAGGAGACGGAACAACCAGCGAGCUCCAGUGGUGUGCUUCAUCAAGGGUGACGGCUUCGAGAGAAGAGGCGUUCUCAAGUACUCCCUCACGAACCUGCCGUUGCACAAGUGCACUCACUUCAUCUACUCCUACGUGGAGACGGACAACAACAGCGGAGAGAUACUCUACCGCAAGAAGGGCAACCUGGGAGAGAAAACUAUCUUGCGAGAACUUGGACGGCUAAGGCACGACACGAGCGCGAAGGAAGUCAGGACCCUCGUCAGCUACGGCGCCGGUGCACACGUGCAAAGCCUUCUGAACCGCAUCCGCGACGACAAAAAGGCCCAAAAACUGAUUGACGACAUCAAGUCUAUGUUGGAACAAUUCGGCCUGGACGGCAUCAACUUUCACCUGGAAGGACCCGGUCCCCUUCUAUGUAAACAGGAUGACAUCAUGACGAUAAUCAAGUUCAUCCAGAGACUUCGGCGUUCAGUCAACAAUAUGGUCAUCAUCACGGCUCAGCUUCCCGCGUGCCGCGACUCCAAGUGCAACCUAUUCAUGAGUGAAUCGAUGUCGAGGUACCUGGACUACGUGUUUCUUAUCACGUUUGACUAUAGGCUGGAUGACCUCACUAGGACUAAGCUCACCAGCGGACUUUACAGAUAUAAAGAUAGUCAUGGUUAUACAAAAUUUGAAACGGAGACGUGCGUCGGUAGUUGGAUCGACGCUGGAGUGCCCAAGUACAAGAUUAUACCGGGAAUCGCCACGUACGGCCGCAGCUUCACGCUCGACAACCCUGCUUUCAACGGCGACAACGCGAAGCUGAAGAAAGACAAUCCUCUUGGAAACCCUGCAGAAUUCUCAAACACAAAAGGCUACAUGAACUACGUGGAGACCUGCAACCGUGCCGGUUACAUGAAAUGGACUAGAAUGUGGGUGAAAUACGCAGCAACACCCUACAUCUACAAAGGGGACCAGUGGGUCAGCUAUGACGACAGAGGCAGCGCCGACGUAAAGGUCAAAUGGUUUCGGGACCGCUCGCUGGGCGGUGUCUUUAUCUGGUCUUUGGGAGAGGACGACUACGGCGGAAGCUGCCGUCAGGGCGAGCAGUACCCAAUGGUGGAUGCGGCAUGGACGGUCAUGAAGGACUAUUGGCCUAUACACUCCUAUCGCUCCAAAAAGCAGAGCUGA